UUUCUAAAAGACUCUAGUGUUAGACAGAUUUCAAACCAUUCGAAAACAAAAGUAAAUAAAUUUUUUUACAAUAACCUAAAACAUUUAUAGACCCACUGUACAAAUUAUACAACAUAACAUACCGAAACGAGACUGAUCAGAUGCGAGCAAUGGGUGCUACCUUUGGCGGUUUGCGCCACGAUGUUCAAGCGAACAAGCACAAAAGUCGGCCCAAAAAAGCCACCAGUGUUCUUAAUGCCAUCGAAGACAUACAGCGCCUCACUCCUGAGAAUAUGCAUCAGGAAUUUGAUCGGCUACUCAAGGAUGCACAUUCCCAUGCCAUGAGUCUUGAGGCAAACAGUCCCUGCUCGGAUGCAGCCGACACUCUCAAGCGAUGUCUUCACCAAAAUCGCGAACACAAUUGUAAAUGCUUUUCGGCCAUGGAAUCCUAUCAGAGUUGUGUCAUCAAAGCGACGCAGGAUCGUGUCGAUGAACUGGCCAAGCACUCGCCUCCAACAAGCGAGCUAUUGCAACCAAGGAUUAAUGAUAUGCCUACACCGGAAUUGCCAGCAGCGACAGGAAGGCAACGUCACCGAUGCUGGUGGAAGCCUUGGACUUGGCUACGAUAGUUUAGACGUGACCGCCUUUUUAUUCUGGUAUUUAUUUCAGCUUUCGAUAACUGCUGAUGCUGUUAUUCUUGUUGUUAGUGGUGGCACCACCACUUGAUUGAAUACACAGGAUUGAAUAUACCCUCCAAAAUUGAAUAAUUUAUAAAUGGUUCAGCGUUUACAUUAGUAAAUUAAAGCAAGGAAAUAUACAUUA